UGUAGCCAUCGUAAUACCUAAAGCUAAGAUCUGGCCAAGAGCUACCUACAUUGUAGGCGACAAGGGUUCUAUAGAAUUUUUCAGUAUCUUCCCUACUUUGCUGUCGUGUGGUCUAGUUGGCUCACAUCCUCAGUCCGCCGUUUAUUCUGCCUGUCAAUCAUCAUGACGCACCUGUUAACUCAACAAUAUCAAGAUAGGAAUAACUGAAUAGCAAAGCACAAUCGAGGUUACCGCAUGAUCCGGACGAAAAAGUGUCCGGGUUGGAACACGACAAGAUGCCCAUCCAAAUCUCGACUAGAGAACCCGCGCGGGACUCAAUGCGCGCGCAGGCUGCACAAGAGUGAAUUCCACUCCUACUUCAAGCACAUAAAAGGACCUCAUUUGCCCAUACUCAACUUCUGCAUUACAUACUUAAUCAUGUCACCUUCGAAAAUUCUUGUCCUCGGCGGCACCGGUCCAGCAGGACUCUGCCUUCUGCGCGAACUCCUCCACCGCAAUCACAGUGUCGUUGCCUACGCCCGUAGUCCCUCCAAGAUCCCGUCCUCAAUAUCCAGCAACCCGCUCCUCUCCAUUGUAAAAGGCGACAUGGACGACCUCAAAACCUUCUCCGCCGCCCUUAACGGCUGCUCGACGGUUAUUUCGCAUCUUGGACCCAACAUCAAGGACACUCACAUCGCGCCCACAAUGUACCCGGACAUGUUCCGCAACACUGUGAUUCCUGCGAUGCGCGAGCGCGGCGUUAAAAGGAUCUUCUUGAUGGGCACUAUUGCCAUCCAGAGACCAGAGGAUUCGUGGACGGUCAUGCAGUCUGUCGUGCUAGUGUACAUGAAACUGUUUGCACGGUCAAUAUACCAGAACAUCAUGAACAUCGUGGACCUAUUUGAGAAUGAGGCGCGAGACCUAGACUGGACGGAGAGCUGGAGGCAAGGCAGAGAGGAGGGUAAGCUGUACGUUGGACCACUGGGCGCGAAGGAUUGGACGAUGAAUACGAACCGAAGUCGGCUAGCUCGGUGGUUGGUGGACUCUGCUGAGGACGGCGCGAAGCAGUGGGUCAGGAAGAUGCCUGCUGUUACAAAGCUGGCGGGAAGUUGAGCUUUGGAUUUCUCGUGAUCUUGCGGCCAGGGUGUGGUUCUCUGCAUUACCUGACCCUAUUAGCGCUUAUGUAGUUCCUUGGUUCAAGCUGUACAGAGAGCAUGA